AUGGCAUCGGAUGAUGAUGAAUACAAUGAUGAUACUUCAUCAGGUUUCUUUGCCGAUGAUCUGGAUCAACAUGAUUCAGAGCGUGAUUUAUAUGCUAUAUUACAUAUAAAUAAAGAUGCAGAUGUAGCAACUAUUCAACAAGCUUAUCGACGACUUACUCUUCUCUAUCAUCCUGAUAAACAUAUAGAACCUCGGAAUAAACAAUUAGCAAUGGAUCUUUUUAUACAAGUUAAAAAAGCUUAUGAUGUUUUAAAUGAUCCACAAAAACGAGCUAUUUAUGAUGUUGUUGGUAUGAAAGGUUUAAAAGCAGAAGGCUGGGAGGUUGCAAAUCGAACGAAGACAGCUCGUGAAAUUCUUGAUGAAUAUGAACGAUUAGCACGAGAACGUGAAGAAAGACGUUUUAAUCAAAUAACAAAUCCGAGUGGUUCCGUACAUAUGACAGUAAAUUUAACUGAUAUAUUUGAACAGAUGAAUUCGUCUGAUGAAAACAGUGAUUUUUCACCUGUUAUUGAAAUGACUGAAUUUACAGUUGCACAAGGUAUUGAUAUACCAUUGACAAGUCAAGAUACAGCUAAUGUGACUGCUGUUGUAUCAACACGAAAUGGACGUGGUACAAGUUCUUUAACAACAUCAUUUCGUCGUGUUCUUGCUGAUUUAUCUUGGUUUCGUGUUGAUUUAAGUUUUGGUCAACAUAAUGUAGCAGCUGUUCGUUAUUUUCGUCGUCUUACACAAAAACUCCAAGCAAGUGUUGCAGCUACAAUUGGCCUUGCUGAUAGUGGUGGUUCAGCUAUAGUAACACCUGGCUUUGUCUUUUCAAUUACUUAUCAAUUGAGUCAUUAUUUAACAAGUAGUCUUGAAUGGAAAACAGGCGUGGACUCAUUUAUGAAAGGUGGUCUUCAUUAUGAUAAUCAAACAUUAGCAGUUUCAAGUGCUAUUCAACUUGGAUUCGUUAAUUCAUAUGGUGCUAUUGAUGGUGUAUAUCGAUUUCCUAAUAUUUGUAAUUUGCGAUGUAGUCUUAAAUUAUUUAUAUUUGGACCAUGGAUAGAAUAUGGUAUAGAUCGACAAUUAACAAAAUAUACACAUGGCUCAGCAACAGUAGCAAUUAGUUCAAAAAUAGGUGUAUUAUUAAGAUUAAAAUUUGUUCGUGGUAGUCAAACAUUUACAUUUCCAUUACAAAUCUCACAAGAAAUUCUACCGAGUGCUGUAUUUUAUGCUACAGUUGCGCCAGUUCUUGGUUAUUUUAUACUUGAUCGUCUGAUUAUUCGACCAUUUACUCGAUCUGAAAAAGAACGAGAUCAAAAAAAACGUGAAGAUGAAGCACGUGAAAAACAAACUGAACGAAGACGAGAAGCAAUGAAUGCUCAAGAAGUACUUCGAUCACUUGUUGAACAGAUUAAAGAUAGAGAAGGUUCACAAGGUUUAAUUAUAAUUGAAGCACGUUAUGGUCGAUUAACAACAGCAACAACAAACGAAAAUUCAAUUCAAAUUAUUGAUGUUACUGUACCAUUACAAGCUCUUGUAAAAGAUUCAGCAUUAAGAAUUGGAACAACAGUAUCAAAAUCAAAUUUAACUGGUUUUUAUGAUCCUUGUAUAGGUGACGAAAAAUCUUUAUUUAUUAAAUAUUCACUGCGAUCACAAAUACAUACUGUUCUUUAUAAAGAUACAGAUCCUGUUAUCUUACCUAACCGAGAUCAUUUAAUACAAUAA